UCGAUUCCGUACAUAAAAACUGAAUAUAAACCGGCGGUUUCUGUACUCUUAGUAACAUUAAAUUUAAUAAGUUCCACAACAUAAAGUAUAGGAAAAUGCAUAUGCUAAUUGCAAAAACUUGAAGACUAAGUGCAAUGCCGUGAUUUUACUUGCGAACAAUCGACCUGGGUACAUAUUAAUGUCAUAAAAAACCUACAAUUAAAUGCCGAUGUUUAAAUUCAAUUUUUAUGAUUGAAAUCGACAGACCUACGAACCGGUUCCCAAAACAAAAUUCAUUCAAAUCAGCUGCGGUCAAAUUAUAAACGCCGUAAUCUAUCAUCAGAACGAACCUUGGGACGUGGAGCGAACUUCGCCGACCUGAAAUCUUUAUUGUAUAUUAAAGCUGCGUAAUGGUCGGAGCUUCCCUCGUUUGCACGAACGCAUGCAUUUAAUGUAUUUUGGCUAUAAGCAUUGUGGUGGCGCGACUAGCGACACAGAUCGUCUCUAGAAAAGGACAGCUGUCAGGUGCAGUACCGUCCGGCACGACUGGCAACGGAACAGUCUUCUUGUCGAUUCGGUUCCAGCCAUGCCACGAUUGAGUCGUUGCUGUUUGGUCGGAAUUUUAUGAGUUUCUCUCUUUCUCGGUCGCAAUUAUUCCUGUUUGAAACCAUUGUUUUCGUGCCGUGGGCUUGUCAGAGGGAGUGUCGCGCACCAUUGCAUUGCGACUUGUCCAGUUUCUCGUGCGCUUUUCUGUGAACAAGUGACAGCAAAAGGAUCCGAUCAGCUCUCUCCGUCUACUUACCGGAAUUCUCCCGUCCGGCCGCGACGCGGUCCGGACCCGUGCGUUGUUUCAGUGAGCGGGCCCGUGACGACUAGCUCCGGUCGCACCGAUCACGAACCAGUUCAGUGUUUAAACAUUUAUUGACUGGAUGCAGCGUUGCGUUGGCCUUGAUAUCUAAAAGUGUUUUGGGGCAGUCGACGAAAUGGCGCUGUCACGAAACGAUGAGCAUAACUGCUUUCGUGUUCGCCAGCAAUUGCAAUGAACUACGCGCGAAAUCAGUUCACGGAGGAACUUAAGCAGCCCAAUUUGAACAUAAACAAAAAAAGUAAUGGAACUAGUAAACUCAGCAGCGGCCUAAGCGACGAUCGAAGAAUAGAUACGGCAGCAAACAACAUUGAAUGCGAGAACGGUAACAAGAACAGUCCCGGCGAGAACUUAGGUCUGAUCAAAUAUCGACUUAAUCAAGUCGAUCAGAUCCUUUUCAUUUACCCCGACAAGAAAACGCUCACAAAUCGGCAAGUGGAGAAGCAUCCGAGAAACUCCGACCCAAGUAAUCCUUCCAGUGGCACCUUGAACUUGCCUGCGGACCAGCCUUCGGAUAGCAAACGAACUCAGUUUCAUUUGCGUAAGGAUCACUGUAUUCGAAUAAUAAGUGACGAUACCGGCCGAAACAUUAAGAAAAGUAAAGUUGACCGGGGUCAGAGUAGCGCGGAAGACUUGAGAGGCGACAGUAAUGCAGGCCAUAGCUCGAAAGGGAGCAGUGGCGGCAAAACGUUAAGCUUGAACUCUUUCACCCGAAACUUCUUCGGGUUCAGUGUACUGAAUGGCAUUUGUGGCCGGCGGUCCUAUCAGAACUUCAGGGAUAAACACCGUAACGAACGAGAGGCGCAGCACAAUCACCACAGUUCGUCGUCUACUUCUGGUUCCAGUUCAGAAAGUUCCACUGCGGGCGAAUCCACGUCUUCAUCACAAUCCUCCACCUCUCUCAACUCGUUCACCGCCUCAGUCCUUGGUGAUCCGAAUAAUGACAGCAACAAGAAAAAAUGCACGAAUUGUAGUUUGGACUACGCCCCUAAUUUGGACCUAACCGGCUACUACUAUAGUCAAUACAAUAAUUCAAUUUGCAAUCAGUUCACGAGCAAUAAUAAUAGUAACAAUCAUUGUGAGUCCGACGUGAAUUCUGGAUCUUUAUUGCGCAAGGAGUUACAAGUGAGUUCAUCUUUGUUCGAUGACUUUUACGGUGCUAGGGUCCACAAGCACACGAAAGAGCAAAAAGAAUACAUCAAACGUUCAAGCCGGCAAUACCACUAUCAAAAACCGCCACAGGGAUCAAGUCAGGGCCAAGAAGCAAGGGAGAACUCGAAGUCUUUAUCUGCAUUGCGGCUGUUCCCUUUUCAAAAGUUCUCAAUUGGAGAGAAGCCGACUUUUUACAAACCUUCCUUACUAUCAUCUACAUCGGUAUCGAAUUUCAACUUCUCUGCCGCCUUGCCGAUCGAAUCUUUCCAGCCGCUAUCCAUCUCAAAUUUACCAGAAGUUACGGAAUUCUCCAGCACCACGAACAAUAGAGUUUUCCCUCCGGCACGAUCUGGACGGCGAUCAUCCGGCUCAUCAACGGCAUCAUCACUAUCAAGACGUUCACUUGACGUCGAAAAUUUGGCCAGGUCGGCAACAACUGGAACUUGGGGAUCUUCAGAGCAGAUCACCCACACGCAGAGUACCUCGAGUCUACAGCACGUACCUUCACACCUGCCAGCACACAAGUCCGAUGUUAGCAGCCACCAGCGAUUGUCUUGCCACUUGGAUCACUGGCACCCGCCGGCUGACUGCUGCAGCAAUCGACCCAAGCACGAUUGCCACGUAAUGUACAAUACUUCCUCGUCAUCUAAUUGCAGCAUCGACAUCAGAUCGAUUCAACCAACAAGAACUGGCAGUGGCGGUGCGAAAUCCUCAGCGAUAAAGGAUCAGCUCCUCAAUCAAAAUAUUGUAUUAAAUACCAAAUUCCAGCAUCCUUUGCAGCUGAACUGCAGUUCGUCGAGCAACUUGAAAAUAAUUGAUGAUCACUUGGCAAACGAGCCAUUGCUUUCUACGGGGACUGCAGCCUCCUCCUCAAGGAACAGUGCACCAGACAUUACAACUAAUCAAAAUAAUAAGAUAAGUAGUUUAUCGCGUCAUAUACUGCCACAUGUUUUGAAUGAUAAUAGUAUUAGGAAUUGUAACAAUACUUCAAUUGUCGAUAGUAUUAGUUGUAAUACAAUGGUCGGUAGCAUACCGCCAACAUCAGCAGUAUCUUCCAAUCAUCACCAACAAGUGUCCCAUCAGUUGCAUUAUCAUAGUUCUCAGCACCAGUCGCACAACAAUUUAAACGACCUAAUCGUAUUGAACGGUGUAAAUAAUAGCAAUAACAUUGGUGUAAAUGAUGGUAAUAGUGUGAAUAGUAGUAACAGUGCUGGUGUAGUAGAUGAACAACAUAUUCAGCAACACCAUCAUCCGCAUCACCAGCAAUCACAUCAAGUGCCGCGAGCUAAUUUAAAUCAAAGUAAUGCAACUAGUGCCGCUGCAGCAGCAGCUGUAAGCUUAAUGGCAGCGGGAGCAGCAAUAAAUUCAUCACAAAUAUCGCAAUCAUCUGUCGCUCCCAUUUCAUUGAAUUUAUCCUCAUCAUCGGGUUUAGCUGCUGGAGGCGGUGGAUCCCAAUCAUCAACUUCAACUCCAUCACAACCGGGGGGCGGAAGUAUUUCAACCGCUGCAGGACUAACGGCAAUAUCGGCGCCGUCGACGACCAACGUGGCAGUUAAUAGUAAUAAUGCAGCAACGACAACACUUGCAAACAACACAAAUAGUUUAGUACAUGCUGGAUCUAGUAGUGGCUACCAUCAGUUUCAUCAUCAAAUCAUAAUGUCCGGCCAACAAAAGAGUGCAUUAAAUGAAAAGCCCAAACCGCUGGUGGUUUCACCGCAACAGGUCAUGAUUUUAUAUAUGCACAAACUAACACCGUAUGAACGGAAUGAAAUUCUUACUUAUCCCCAAAUCUAUUUUAUCGGGGCGAAUGCUAAGAAACGACCCGGAAUAUUUGGACCUAAUAAUUCAGACUAUGACAAUGAACAAGGUUCCUACAUUCAUAUUCCACAUGACCAUGUUGCGUAUCGUUAUGAGGUGCUUAAAAUCAUCGGAAAAGGAUCAUUUGGUCAAGUCGUCAAAGCCUACGAUCACAAAACGCAUGAACAUGUCGCACUAAAAAUGGUACGAAACGAAAAACGAUUCCAUCGGCAAGCUCAAGAGGAGAUUCGUAUCCUGCAGCAUCUAAGGAAACAAGACAAGUACAACACGAUGAAUAUCAUCCAUAUGUACGACUACUUUACUUUUCGCAAUCACAUGUGCAUCACUUUCGAAUUGCUCAAUAUUAAUUUGUAUGAAUUGAUCAAGAAGAAUGGCUUCAACGGAUUCAGUCUGCAGCUGGUACGUAAAUUUGCACAUUCGUUGCUUCAGUGCCUCGAUGCGCUCUACAAGAAUAAAAUCAUCCAUUGUGACAUGAAACCGGAAAAUGUUCUUCUGAAGCAGCAAGGGCGGUCGGGAAUUAAGGUUAUCGAUUUCGGCUCAUCAUGUUAUGAAACUCAACGCGUCUAUACGUACAUACAGUCUCGCUUUUAUCGUGCCCCCGAAGUUAUACUAGGCGCAAAAUAUGGAAUGGCUAUUGAUAUGUGGUCGCUUGGUUGCAUUUUAGCCGAACUAUUAUCAGGACAUGCACUUUUUCCAGGCGAAGAUGAAGCCGAUCAACUGGCUUGCAUUAUUGAAGUGUUAGGAAUGCCCCCUCAAAAUGUCGUGAAUCAAUCAAAACGAGUUCGCAAUUUCUUUAAUGCGAAAGGGUAUCCGAGAUAUUGCAUUGCUCGCACACUCGAAGAUGGAACGAUUGUAUUGAAUGGCGGUCAGUCACGGCGUGGUAAGCCGCGAGGACCUCCAGGUUCGAAAAAUCUGGUGAAGGCGUUGGAUGGAUGUAGCGAUCCACUGUUUUUGAAUUUUCUUCGCGGUUGUUUAGAAUGGGAUCCAGAGCAACGUAUGACACCAGCUGCUGCUCUCAAACACUCCUGGCUAAGAAGACGUUUACCCCGACCUCCAAAUGCUGAGUCAUCGGGGUCAAGUGCGGGUGGGUCGACUGGGGGUGAUGGUGGUGGUGGCAGUAUCAACAAUGGAGGAGUUUCGGGCAGUAGCACCAAUGGUGCGGGCUGUACAGGAACAAGCAAUGCAGGGGUAGACAACUCAACUGGAGGCGGUGGGAGUAAUAGUGGCGGUGUAUCGAAUCGAUGGAUAGCAGGAGGAAAUAAUGCAACGGCACAUGCCUUGACUAAACUAUCAGUCGUGAAUGGGAGUAAUAGUCUUCUGAACGGAUCGUCUAUGACUUCUUCGCUGUUGAAUUCGAAUCAGUGUAAUAACACAUCCCGUAAUAAUUCUAGUAAAGCAAUGUGCAUUGGAAUAACGGCUAUAACAAAUUGUAGUAGUAGUAGUAUGUUAGUAUCAUCUAGUGUAGCGAAUUCAUCCAAUAAUUUAGCAAAUACUCCAAGUAGACAGCAACAACAAUCAACUCAGUCCAGUCAAACGCUUUCACAACAUCAUCCCAAUCAAGUGUCUCACCCUCACCUACAGUCACAGCACAUAUUAGUCUCCACAUCUCACUCUAGUUACACUCCAAGCAAUUUAAAUAGUUGCAAUCUUCCCGUCAACACAAACGAUGAUAGCAACGGCAAUGGUCUACCUACCAUGAACGGCUGUUGCAACAGUUCAAGUAAUAGCAAUUUAAAUCAUUUGACAACAUCGAGCUCGAAAGCCCUCAAUAUAUCAGAUUUAGUAUGUCAUUCUGCAAUAAAUAGUAAAUCUACAGCUCAGGGGAUUAGUUCGUCUUGCGUCAUUAGUAAAUAUUAUCCGAAAUUGCAUGAGUCUAUAGGCGGUGUUUCUGGUGGAGGUGUUAACGGUGUAGGUGUUAAAUACCCGUCGUCUGCGCAUAAUUUUCAUUCUGCCAAAAUUGCUAAUAUCCCAUAUUCAUCAGCAUUAGCUGGAUCACCCGCCGUAAUAACUGCAACCGAUCUUAUCAAUGGCCAUGCUACUACGAAUGGUGGAAAUCUUGGUAUUGUUGCUGGAAAUGUUGGAAAUAGUGAUCUCUUGUAUAUAAAAACAAUUGCAUCGACAUCAUCAGCCACAACGACAAGACAAACGUAGCUAGAUGAUGAUAAUGGUGAAAGUAAUGAGUUUGUCACGUUUGUAGUAGAUCAGCCACGAGAAAUACAUACGUCAAGCUUGAGCUAUUUUCGCUUAGAAUCAAGUUUUUUUUGUUCUCUAUUGAAUCGAAUAUUUCACAAUGUUAGUACAAAGCCUUCUUUUGAGAGUUUUACACUAGCUAUUGGAGGAGUGGAAGGAUUGUAGCUUUGUUUUUUUUUUAGAUUUUUUUUUAUGAAUUUAGUGAAAUCUAAUAGUUUAACAUUAACUAGUCCCAAAUUUCGAAUUUUCUUCUUUUACUUCAUUUUCCUUUGAUAUACCAGAGCAUAGUUUUGGGGUAGCCUAAAUUCUGUUUGUUUUUAUGAGGAUUAUGUUGAAAGGAUAGAAGUAAUGGCAAACCUAAUUAUGAGCCAUAUCUACCCCAUAGUACCGGGUAUACGCUUACAUUAUAUAUACAUUGUAUUACGAGAAGCAUUUUUUGCGCAUUUAAAUGGUAUUUUGGCAUUUUCGACUUAACUAUCACAAUUUGUUCUUUGCUAUAAGGGAACAUAUGCUAGUAGUCGCGGAAUCUCGAAAACAGUAUCACUGAAAUUUGUACACAUAACUUAUUAUUAACUUUGUAGGAUCUCUAAGUAAGCGACGAUGUUAAUUCAUUCAGGAAAACUUUUACAAAUCGUGGAUCAUAAUUCGUGAGAAUCAAUCAUUAACUUUAGUCUAUCCAGUAUCGACUUUAUUCCCAAUUUCUUGUAUAUUUGGGUAACUUCAAUAUCCGGAAAUCUACAAAUUUGGAAAUCCACUUUCAUAAAAAUCUAUUCCUAUCGUAACUCCUCAUUUUCCGAUGUUCCAACCCAGUCUUCCUUUUGUUUUCCCUCGCAACGUCUCGCUUUUUUGCAAUUUCAGACGCUGAAACGCUAAUAUCGGCUUCACCUUUUCAUAUUUGUUGGGAGUGAUCAAUUUCAAGCUACUGUAAAGUAAAGAGGGUGCAACGAGAAUAGUUAGUGUUUGCAUAUUAUUAUUUUGAGAUUAGCAAAGAAAAGAGGAAGUAUUUACGUUGUUGUGUAACGUUCAGGUAGAGAAACGAAAACAGAACCAUGAAAUAUUUUUGUCCAAUUUAUUUUAAGGAAUUUUAAGCAAAGUUCGAGAUUACUGAUCGAAUAUAGUUGGUUUGUUUUUUAUUAUUACAUAUUACUUUUAGGAAAGAAAGAAGAAACGAAAGCCUUGAAAUUGCAUGUUAGAUGUAGAAGUUUGUAUCUAAUUGCACAUAAUUUAUAACAAGAAACCGUGGAAUUACAAACAAAAAAGACUAGCAAAAAAUAAAAUAGGAGUAAAUAUAAAUGUAAGCGACUUCUUUUAACAUUAGAUUUAAAAUUAACUCGAGAAGAAAAAUCGGUGUCCUAUAGUUUAUAUGUUUCCAUGUAAUCUGCCUUGCAUCAUUUUAUUCCUGUCUCAUCGUAUUUCCUUCAUUUAAUUUGCUUUUGUAACAGGAUCUCUUGUGUUCCUUCUCAAACCUUGAUUUUAUAAUAUUCGAACAGAACAGGUAUUGUAACGAAAUACAUGCAUAACUUGUUAAGUGAUGAACGAAGGAACAUGCUAAGAACUAGUAAAAUUGCGCGUAAAAAGUAUAUAUAUAUAAUGUAGAGUCGAUGAUAAUAUGCGUUUUGUUAAUUAAAUGAUUUUCAGUAUAAAGCUAAAUAAAAAGUAAUAGUGAAAAAUGAAAACAUUUGUCAAGUGAGCUUCUGUAUAUGUAGUAAUUUUUUACAAUGUGAUAUUUGAUAAGAGAAUACAAUUAAAAAGAGUACUAAAAAAUUAA